GAAAAUUUGAAAUAAACGUAUAAUUUUCCUGGUGUGAUUAGGAAAGCUCUUUCCCAUAAUAUCCGGGCAUAAAACACCUCUUUUGAAAGGUUAAGAUCGAUUUUUGCUGUUUCUGGUGCUGCUUGAAGAUGACAGAUGCGAACGCUUUGCUGGCUCUCAAUCUGAAAAAUACUUUAUCAUUUGAAACGAACAUUCGGAAACAAGCUGAGAAGUAUCUUGAGACAGUGGAAGGAAGUAGUGGUUACAAUGUUCUACUACUGGGUAUUGUGAAUGACGGUAAUGAGGAUGAAUUGAUCAGAGUGGCUGCUGCAAUCGCUUUCAAGAACAGUGUAAAGCGAAACUGGAGAAUUAUUCCUGACGAACCAAACAAGAUUAAUGAUGCUGACAGGGAAACAAUCAAAAGAGAGAUUGUUGAGUUGAUGCUUAGAAGUCCUGAAAAGCUCCAGAAGCAGCUUAGUGAUGCAGUCAGUGUGAUUGGCAGAGAGGAUUUCCCUCACAAGUGGACAAAUUUAUUACCGGAGCUUGUGGCCAAAUUCAAACAAGGUGAUUUUCACCAAAUCAAUGGAGUUCUACAGACAGCUCAUUCACUAUUUAAAAGGUAUCGUCAUGAAUUCAAGUCCCAGGAACUGUGGACUGAGAUCAAGUUUGUGUUGGAGAGGUUUGCAGAACCAAUGACAAAUCUCUUUGAGGCAAUCAUGGAAGAAGCUAACAGAUGUGGAGGUGACUUGGCCAAGCUAAAGGACAUUCUUAGCUCCAUCCUGCUCAUUUGUAAAGUGUUCUACAGUCUUAAUUUUCAGGACUUGCCUGAACACUUUGACGAAAACAUGGAAAAGUGGAUGAAAAACUUUCUCAUUCUUCUAACAACAGACAGCAAGCAGCUACAAGUUGAGGACACAGAGGAAGCUGGUCCAUUAGAUCUAAUUAAGUCACAAAUCUGUGACAAUGUAGCUUUGUAUGCUCAAAAGUAUGAUGAAGAUUUUGAGAACUACUUGCCAAAGUUUGUGGAAGCUAUUUGGAACCUGCUUGUGAGCACGGAGAAAACAGCAAAACAUGACAUUGUUAUUAGUAAUGCUAUUGGAUUUUUGGCAUCAGCAGCAGAGAGAAAUCAAUAUAAAUAUCUCUUUGAAAAACAAGAAACCUUAGAAAGUAUAUGUGCAAAUGUUGUUUUACCGAAUGUGGAAUUUAGAGAGGAAGAUGAAGAAGUGUUUGAAGACAAUCCAGAAGAGUACAUCAGAAGAGACAUCGAGGGCUCAGAUGUAGACACCAGGCGUCGUGCAGCCUCUGAUCUUGUACGUGGACUAUGCAAAUUCCAUGAGCAACGUGUCAUUGAAAUAUUCUCUGGCCAUGUUGUGUCUAUGCUACAGCUUUAUCAAGCAGAGAGUGGGAAUAACUGGAAAGCCAAAGAUGCUGCAAUCUUCCUUGUUACAUCACUUGCAAGCAAGAAACAAACUGCUAAGCAUGGAACAACACAAGCAAGUGAACUUGUGAAUUUGCAGAGCUUUUUUGCUGAACAUAUUUUGCCAGAGCUACAGAUCAAAAAUGUUGAUGAACAUCCAGUACUAAAGGCUGACUCCAUCAAAUAUAUUAUCAUCUUCAGAAAUAUGCUUUCUCCUGAACUAAUUGUGGGAUGCCUGCCACUCCUUGUGAAGCACCUAAAGGCCAAGAGCCAUGUUGUACAUAGCUAUGCUGCACACUGCCUGGAGAAGAUCUUUACACUCAAGAAUCCUCAGGGAAAAGCUCUACUUGGAAAGGUUGAUGUGCAGCCAAAUUUAGAAGAGAUGCUAUCAAAUCUGUUUCAUUUGCUGAAAGUCCCAGGCUCACAGGAGAAUGAAUAUGUCAUGAAAGCAAUUAUGAGGUCAUUUUCCCUUCUCCAGGAAGCCAUCUUACCUUACUAUGCUGUGUUAAUUGCUGAUUUGGCAUCUAAACUGGCCCUAGUUAGCAAGAACCCAAGCAAACCACAGUUUAAUCACUAUCUCUUUGAGGCCAUCUGCUGUGCUAUCAGAGUAAUAUGCAAAGCAGAUCCAUCAGCUGUGGCAGGAUUUGAGAAAAUGCUGUUUCCUGUGGUUCAAGAAAUUCUUACAAAUGAUGUAACAGAGUUUCUCCCAUAUGUGUUCCAAGUGUUGUCAUUGUUACUGGAAAUUCGACAUGAAAUUUCUGAGCCUUACAUGGAGCUGUUUCCUCUUCUUCUCUCAACAGUUCUCUGGGAAAGAAAUGGAAACAUACCACCACUGGUCCGUUUGCUUCAAGCCUAUAUUGAAAAGGGAAGCAAAACUAUUGUGGAAACAAAGAAAGAGAUGGGCAUGCUAGGUGUUUUUCAAAAGCUUAUUGCAUCAAAGAGCAAUGAUCAUGAAGGAUUUUAUCUGAUAGGGAGUAUGGUGGAUCACUUUGACCCGUCUUCCUUGGUGCCACACAUAAAGUCUGUGUUUCUCAUCCUAUUUCAGAGGUUGCAGAGUUCAAAAACUACCAAAUUUGUCAAAGGUUUGCUGGUGUUUUUCUGUCUUUAUGCUGCUAAAAGUGGUGGAGAAGCACUGUUGAACACCAUAGACUCCAUUCAGGAAGGACUUUUUGGGAACUUUGUCGAGAAAGUUCUUAUCGCUGAUGUGCGGAAGGUAUCAGGGAGUUCAGAAAAGAGGAUCUGUGCUGUGGGAAUAACAAAGCUUCUUACAGAUUGUCCUAAAUUUCUAGAAACUUAUAGCCAUUUUUGGAUCCCAUUGUUACAAGUUUUGAUUGAAUUCUUUGAGUUACCUGAAGAUGAUUCAAUCCCUGAUGAUGAGCACUUUAUAGAAAUUGAAGACACACCAGGCUAUCAGACAGCUUACUCGCAACUGGCAUUUGCGGGAAAGAAGGAGAGAGACCCAUUUUCUGGUAUGAUUCCCGAUGCUAAAGUCUUCCUUGCACAGUCACUGCAGAAACUAGCAUCAAGACACCCUGGAAAGAUAAACACCAAGAUCACAUCUGAGCUUCAUGCAGAUGCACAGGGAUUCCUGCAGAAAUAUCUUCAAGAAGCUGGUGUCAGCCUGGGAUGAACAAGAUCUCCUGCUGUUCCACAUUUGAUAUGAAACCAAGAAAAAGAAAAAAACACUAGAAAAGGUUAAUUUACAUUAUGAUCAUAGGAUGGUAAGAAAUUUGUUCAGAAGUGUAACUGCAUUUCUUUAGCUUUACUGAGAUUCAAAUAGUUGGUAGCAACUUUAGAGGUGGUAAAUACUAUCUAAGCUGAUAUUUCCAAGCCAACAGAGGUUGUGGGGUUAUGUGGGCCUUCUGGAAGUUACAAAUUACCAAAACAAUUUUUGUCCUACAUCACCCAAAAAAAAAUUAUAUGAAAACUAUCGAACUAUCUAAUAAUUUUAAGAAACUUCCCAAAAUCCUCUAAGUCAUCUAAUUCAGUGUAGUACCUUGACAAAACUACACAUUGACAAUCCUUGGUUUACACUGUGUCAAUCUGUAAAAAGUGAUGUUUUUCUUCUAGAUUGUUUAGAUAUGGAUAUGUUAAGGACAGACUAAAUUUUGAGAUAAACAAAUUGAAGUUAUAUUGUACUACCAGCAGACAGGCUUGUUAUGCCAGAAACCAUGAUUGGUUUAGUUACCGAUAACUCUCAUGGUGACUGGUUUUCAAUCAUUCCUGGGUUCCAUUUCAAUUCUGAGGAAUUAAGUUGGAAUAUCCAGCUGAUUUGCCAUAUGUGUAACUUAGUCUCUUAAGAUGGAAGUUUUGACUAUGUAUAGUUAUGAUAUGUUAUCUUGAACGUGUACUGUACAGCUAACAUAGAUAUUUGAGAUAAUAAAAAGCUUUGUGUCAUCAAACUUAUGUUCUAGGGUGACAUUUGAACUAGUUUCUUUAAUCAGGUUCACACAUGCCACUAGUGUGGAGAGGGGUUUCUUGGUGUUGUAGAUAAGAUAAUGUUUAGCUAUUGCUUUGUGAUGUGGUUAUUGAUCAAGGGUCCAAAGUUGAUCAAUUUUGUCGAACAGCCCUGGGAAUUACGAAGAAACUAGCUUACAGUGCAGUUAUAAAUAGGUCUAGGAUCUUCCCCUUUUCUCUCCCUUUCUCGUAUUUCUUGCCUACCAUAUAUUUUCAUGUCAGAUAUGAAGGGAGGGGGUAGGGAUAGUGUCCCAGAUUCUAUAUCAAGAUGUCUGUAUGUGAGCCCUGUUUCAGUCAUUGUGUUGGAUACUUGGGUAAGAGACUCUAGUUACUGUGACCAUAGACAGAAAUGGGUUCCAAAAAACUACCAGUGAGGGACAUAAAAAAAAAGACUCCCAUCCAGAAGGAAUAGUGAGUAACGUACUGGUCAAUGUCUACCAAUAACAGGCCACCACUGUAGAAUUUUGUAAUUUCUGACGUACACCUGUACAAUUUUCCAUUUAAAGUGUUGUCAAGUUACACUAUAACAGCUCUAAAUCUUCUCACAACUUCCAAGCACAUUUUGACUAAAACAAGAGUAGUCACCAUGGCUGAAAAAGGGGAAUGGGUUGGAGGGUAAAGAUCCCUUGAGGAAUUAUCCAUGGACAUUUAUGACAUGGUUAAUCUUUUAUAUCCAGUACGUUCAUUUGGAAUGUCCCCAGAAAUUUCCUCCCUUUCCUCGAUAUUCUAUCAAGAUCUACUGGCUGUUAUGGGUAUUCUCUCCACCUUUCCUGGAUAUGGUAUUGAUAGUGUGGGGAUAAGUUACAUAUCACAUCGAGGAGUUAAUAGAGGUUGAAAGACUCUUGACAAUGUGAACUUUAUGGGUUGAUAAUCCAAAGAAAACUAUUCCUAAUACUUUUUACAGCUUUGUAUCCUCUGAAUUAUGAAAGCAUACAAUCGAUAAUUCAGUUGAAAUCGUGAACACCUUAUUAACAUAUUUAACACGAGAAGAGGAUUAACUCGUUCGUUCACUCACAUUUAACUAUAUAGUAUUUGAUUCACAAUUUUGGUGAUCACACAUGUAUUGUCUAAAAAAAAUAUUGUCCUUUGGGUCGUCUGAUUAAGAUCUGCGAUCAAGCCAAAACUUCGCCAAGGAAAGCUUCUUACUAAAGGGCACAAGAAAGAA